CCAGGCCCUGGACUUACCAGGGCCCCGUACUUGAUUUAAUGCUCCGUUGUUGCCAUCUUAAAAUUCCUAAUAAUUCUGGAACCAGGGCAUUUUCAUUUUGCACUGGGCCCUGCAAGUAGCUGGUCUUGUCCAGAGAAAGCCUCGUCACGCCUGAACCGCAUGGGACUGCCCAUGCUGGCCACAGGACAUUGGCUAUUCAUAAAGGGGACGACCAGCUCUGAAAACCUAGAUGGAAAUUAGCCCAGACUGGCGCGGCUGUCGGGGCUAUGCUGUGGUUUAGAGAAGGGCAGGCCUGUCAGCUGUGGGUGAGUAAAGAAAAGGGCGUUGUCUUCACAUGGAACAGAAACGGGGACUACACAUUCAGCUGUAUGUUAUGAGGAUGAACUUCAGCAAGUUUUCAGCACCAUAAUCGACUGACCACAUGAUGCCCUGGCCUCAGCUUCUCUUGUUUUCUGACCAGGUCUGAGGACAAUACCAAGAGGCUAAAGAAGGAAGCAGACAAGUGCCAAGAAGAGCAGAAGAGGGAGACGGGGUGAGCGGACCCUCGGGGAGGAGGCUCCAGCCUCAGGCCCAGCAGCAGCGGGAGAGACCGCCCAGCGGGACGGGGCCAUGUGGCUGCCAUCAGUUCUGCUGCUUCUCUGUGUCCCAGGCUCUUUGUCUCUGAGUGGCCCCAGCAACGUGAUGGGCACUGUGGGGGGAUCCCUGAGCGUGCAGUGUCGGUACGAGGAGGAAUACAGGACGUUUACCAAAUACUGGUGCAGACAACCAUGCUUGCCACUUUGGCAGCAGAUUGUGGAGACCACAGAGUCUGAGACAGAGGUGAGGAGCGGCCGGGUGUCCAUCAUGGACCACACUGAGGACCUCACCUUCACCGUGACCUUGGAGAACCUCACUGCAGACGACACAGGAAAGUACAGGUGUGGGAUUGCAACGAUACUGCGGGAGAAAGGACUCCAGGGCUUCCUGCCUGAUCCUUUUUUCCAGGUUCAAGUGUUUGUUUUCCCAGCCUCCAGCAGCAAAAGCUCUACGUGGACACCUGGACGUUCCAGCCAACAACAAGGGUUCCUGCUCCUCAUAUUCCUGAAGGUGCCCCUGCUCCUGAUAAUGCUCAGCGCCGUCCUCUGGGUGAACAGGCCUCAGAGGGUAAUUUGUGGAGAAACAGAGCCAGCCUGACCAAGACAACCUGCGGCCAUCCUUGCCCAUCCACAUCCUGUCCAGAGACACAGCUGCGCAGACUAGAGAAGAAGGAAUUUCAGACCCUGAACCUUAUAUCUUUUUUCACCUUAUUGCCAGAGACUUUAAAAACAAACUGUA